AUGUCUCACAUGGUAACAAGAGGUGGUAUCUCUCCUACUCACCUUUUCUUUGCGGAUGACAUUAUGAUUUUUUGUAAAGGAAAUUUAAAGAGUCUUCAUAAUCUGGUGGAUUUAUUGGGCAAGUAUCAACGAGCUUCAGGCCAAAUUGUGUGUAGGAAAAAGAGCAAGAUUUAUUAUGGUGGCGGUUCUUUAAGUAGAAGAGCAUACCUUGCUGAUUUCUUGGGGAUGAGUGUUGCCACUUUUCCAGAUCGCUACCUUGGAGUCCAAAUUAUGGCAAGUACGGUUCGUUAUCAUCACAUUUAUAAUGUGGUUGAAAAGAUUAAAUCUCAACUAGAUGGAUGGAAGGGGUUUACUUUAUCUUUUCAUGACCGUAUUAUGCUUGUUAAAGUUGUUAUUGCUAGUUAUUCUAUUCACAAUAUGGAUAUUUAUAAGUGGCCUCGAAAAUUCAUUUUGCAAUGUGAGCGUGCAAUAAGGAAUUUUAUUUGGUCGAGAGAUUCUAAUGUUAGUCGUGUUGUGGUGGUGGCGUAUGAUAAAAUCUGUUGUCCUGUUGAGGAGGGAGGUCUUGGUUUAUCUCGCAUGGCUACCAUGAAUAACGCUAUGCUCAUAAAAUUAUGGUGGAAAAUUCGCACGUCAAAUAAGAAUUGGGAUGGUUAUCUAAAGGCCAAGUUUUUUGGUAGAAAUGGUUGCAUCAAGACUGUUGGAGUGAAGUCUACCAUUGUUCUAGGCAUUCGAAAAGUGUAUAAGACUGUGGAGGCUAAUACCAAAGUGCUCCUUGGUGAUGACAGUGAUUGUUUAAUUGAUGAUCAAUGGGUUUUUCCUGACGUUCAUUUGGAGAGAUUACUUGAUGCUGGUCUGGAGAUGCACAGGUUGCCAAAUAUAUCUGGCGGGAAUGAUAAGAGAAUUUGGAUGCCAAAUUUCUCAGGGGAGUUUACUGUAAGUUUUGCCAAAGAACUUAUUCGUCGGAGGCAUAGUAGCUUGGAAGCUGCGUCUUUGCUGUGGAGAAAAGAAGUGCACCCAACUUUGGCUGCUUAA